AUGGUUGUGAACAAUCCUAACAACUGGCACUGGGUGGACAAGAACUGCAUGGCUUGGGCCAAGCAGUACUUCGACGAGAAAUUGGCAGGGCUCAGCGUGAACAACGCCGGCAAAGUUGCUGCUGUCAAAUCGGUUUCAUCGGUGGAAGGUGAUGUUGAAGUGUGUCAAAGAAAGGGGAAGGUGAUCUCGUUGUUCGACUUGAAGUUGGUUUUGAACGUGACCUGUCUCGACAACGACGAAGAGAAGUUCAGUGGAUCCAUCACCAUUCCCGAAUUGGCGUACGACACAGAGGCUGACGAGAUACAGUUCGACGUCAGCAUUUACAACGAGAACAAAGAAGCGGAGCCCUACCGUGACUUGAUCAAGCGCAACUUGAUUCCUGAGCUUAGAACCAUUUUGGCCAAGUUCGGAACCGACUUGAUUGUCACUCAUAGUGGCGAUAUCCAGCUUGCAUCCGAUGAGGUGCAGUCCAGCUUCACCAAGUCUAACCAGUCGUCUGCACUGGCCACUGCCACCAAGCCAGCUCCCAAAAAGGAUGCUGGUGUGAGCUACACUCCAGUCCAGGCUGCUGAGAAGACCAGUACCAAGACGUCUAACAUCCCCAAGUACAACACUGCCACCCUCCAUCUUGAACCCGUUUUCAACACCACCGCGGAGCAGAUCUACGUGACUUUGUUGGACGACACCAGAAUCGCUGCCUGGUCCCGCUCGUAUCCCCAGAUCGCAAAGUUCCCACCUCCAGAGGGUUCGGAUUUCCAAUUGUUCAGCGGAGCUGUGUCUGGAAAGUUUUUGCGUUUGGUUCCCAACGAAAGAAUUGUCCAGCUCUGGAGAUUGGAAGAUUGGUUGGCCGGACACUACGCCGAGUUGGACAUGCAAUUGAUCCAAGGAGCAGGAGAGACCAAGAUGGUGGUCAAGUUCACUGGUAUUCCGAUUGGCGAAGAGGACAGGGUCAGAGAGAGAUUUGAACAUGUCUACGUGAUGGCCAUCAAGUUGGUGUUUGGGUUUGGGGCUGUGUUGUAG